AUGAUCGCGCCUGAAAGCGGCAGCUGCUUGGCAGAGGAGAGUUACAACAGUUACCCGCAUACGCUGACACAAGUCACCUUUCCUCCGUUCAGCAAGUUCAAGAUCACCAUCGAGACGAUUCAUCGAGGCGACAGAGGCAAGGAAGCGAAUGUGCACAAGCUCAGCUCGGAGCAAAUGAAGAAGCUUGAAGUAGUCAACAUUGAUAUCGCUGAGAAGCGGAAAGAGGACUCGAAGAUGUACGAUGGCGCUGAUAACGACCCUGCAAGGUGGUGCUGGCAUGGGAAGCUGUGGAAUCUGAUGGAGCUCAGGUUUAGGUCGCAGAGAACUGGACGAGGUCCGCUAGAAAGAGGAUGGCAAGAACGAGUGGACCCUGUGAUGUGCGCCUACAAACUUGUGUCGUGCGAGUUCGAUUAUUGGGGUUUACAGAUGAUGAUGAUGAUGAUGAUGAUGAUGGUGAAGAAGAUGAUGGUGAAGAUGAUGGUGAAGAAGAAGAAGAACAAGAACAAGAAGAAGAAGAAGAAGAAGAAGAAGAAGAACAAGAACAAGAAGAAGAAGAAGAACGAGAAGAAGAAGAUUGAUAUUAUGAUGAUGAAGCUGUUUCUGACGAUGGAGAUAACAGAGAGUUCUGCUGUGAGCCUUCCAGGCCUCGGCCCUGCUGGGAGCCCUGCAACUAGCUACGGGCUAUCAGCAAGUGACGGCGGACCAUUGGAACUUGGAAGGUCACUGACUCGCCGCACCGGGCCAAAUGAUUAUGCGAUAAACAUGGCAGGAAGAGGUUGA